AUGCAGUUGGUUGGGGCGAUAACAGGCGGUGUACGGGGAGGCUUUGGGGUAUGGGGUGCUGGGGUAGACGUCGUCGAGGAGCGUCGGAGGCUGCGAUCGAUGAAGCGCGGACACGCCUCGCGCACCUCGCGACCGCAGCCCACACCGCAACAAUGUCGAUUCUCAAGCCUCACCAACGAUAUUCUCAAGCCUUCAAGCUUUCAACCGCUUUCGACUAGUGGCUGUCAUAAAUCUAUAGAGAAUUUUGAAACCUUAUGA